AUGACGAUACACUCGUCAUUCGUGAACAGAAGAUUUCGUCUCAAAAUGGUUGGUGUCGGUUUUGUUGUGCACACAUGUGUCGUCCAUUUUGUCGAUUCUCACGAGAUCUUGUCACGUUGCCUGGCCACUCCUCGCUUCCGUCCUCUGCGUCAAAAGCCUAUUGGCAUCAUCAACUGCUACUCACCAACAUCAGCAGCUGAAAAGUCUGAAUUGGACGAUUGGAAUUGGAAUUGA